AACACCAAAAACGCCCUCGAAUAUAUCACGGUUUAUGAUAAUAAAUGUUAAAAAAAAAAGCAUUAUUCUACUGGUUUAUUCGGCGAUACUUCUGAUGCUGUGGAUGGUCGCCAAGAUGAUAUCGCCAAGUCGCAAAUAAAGCGAUCGAUAUCUCACCGAUGUCGGCAACCCAGUUGUUUCCUCCCAGGGAGCAUCAUCAUCCGCUGACAUCUUGGAUCUGGAUCAGUUUUUGCGCAUUUACUUUGGCAAACAGUUCGGUAAAUGUCUACUCUGGCUGUAAUACGAUUUUGUACUUCUGCUUUGGUAUAAAGUUCCAUUUAAAUUUAGGUUGGAAAUACUCCGAUUGAGGAGGGAAAGAGGGCUAAAAUUUGCAUUGAAUCAGAAGAUCCUUUUCCAUGCCAAGUGAUGAGAUUGUUAAUAUCCUUUCUGGCAUUUUGAAGGUAGGAGCACUUUUUAAGCUGAGCAAGGAACUCAUAUACAGUCAAAUUAUCUUUGUUAACUACUGACAGCUUUAUGGAGAACCCAUUGCAUACACAGAAUGCGUUAUCUCUUAAAGAACUUACACGGCGUAACGCUGCCAUACUUUUAUGGCAACAAAACAUCCACUUAUUACCAAAGUUCCAUCUUGGGAAGGAAUAUUUGGAAUUGACAACGAAAGAUUGGAAUAGAUUAAUAAAUAAAGUGAAGAAUAAGAUACCUGAGCUUCAGUUAGUUCGAUCCGAAGCAAAAGAAGUGGAACUUUUUAUAAAACCCAUUUGCUUCGAAAUAGUAAAAUGGGUGAGUUAUAAUGACUUUAAUUUUUUUCAAAACUGUGCAGAUUUUGUUUAUUGUUUGGAUGUGCUUAGUUGGUCCUCAGAAGGAACUAUUAACUAUAAGAAAACAGCCGAAAACUUAGUGCGGUUGAAGCCAUUUGACCGUCGUUUCCUUUACGAAUAUGCUUGCGAGUUUUGUUUGGAAGAUGAGGUUGAAAUCACAUGGAAAAAUUUAAGUGAUGAAGAAAAGGCUAUGUAUAGUGAAAAAAUGCAAUCUAGAACCCCUCAAGGCCAGAUACUUCACCACUGGACUAAACAUUUCGAUUAUGAAAUGGAAACGCAUGAUAUGAUUUUCUCCGCCUGCUAUGAUGCUGCUACGAAAGGUAAUCUUGUAGCUACACAGUAUUUUUUUCCAAAAUUAGAGAAUGACCAAAGAAAAUUAACUGUUCAAGUUCUCCCAGGCUUGGCAGAUGGAUAUAGUUUUAGCCUUCCCAUUGAACCUGUUUAUUGUUCACUUGGACAUAAUCGGGAUAUUUUAGACUAUUUAUUAACUCGGUUGACUUUUGAAGAAUUUAUGGAGUUUUUUGAAACACAUUACCAAGAUAUUCUUAGCUGUUACACAGAUUGGAAUCGACAGAAUAAGUUCUUUAAAAUUUUGGAAAAAGUAAGGUCUUCACUUCCACCGGAGUUUUACGCUGAUUUAUUAUCCUCAAUAGUUGGCAAUAUGGAUACACCAGUGUAUAACUAUCAAAGUUUUUUCAGAGAAUUUUUUUUAAAGAGUCCAUUGGCAGAUGGAACGUUGGAUUUAAAGACACAAUGUCCGCAGACCUUUUAUUUUUCCGACCUUUUUCUUGCUGGUGACAUUGAAAACAUUGUGUUUGUUCUUAGAAAUUUGAGCUCCGCUACGAAAGAGCAACUUUUCACUAGUGAUUCGGGGCUUUACAUUUGUCUUGCUCUAAUAUUCAAGGAUGAAUGGGCUUUACUUCAGUUAUUUAUCACAGAAUGUAAGUUAUCUAUAGAUGUUAGAUCAGAAAUUCCCGAAAAAUUUCAAUUAUAUAUUACUGAAAAAAAUUACCAUAAACAAAUAAUAAUUUUAGAUACUAAAUUGGAGAGAUUCUUUAAUAUGCUAUUACCGACUGAGGAAAUUGAUCACAGUAAGCAAAAAUCGGAGGAAGAAAAAGAGAGUCCAAAAUAAAAGUCCAAGUUUUGUCCAAAAUAAAUCGAUUUUGAACUUUUUAGUUCAAGAACAAUAAUUUAAAGCUGAUCUUUUAUGGGCAUUAAAACCUGUUACGUUACAUUCGACCUUUAAUGCAUUCAAUGAUUUAUCGAAAAUAUUUUCACAUAUGUUCACAAAUAGAGAAAUAGCAAGGAAAAAAAAGUACUCUAAGUCGCACAAAAAUGUCUUACAAUAUUUGUUAUGGAUUAGCUCCGUUUUUUCAACAAUCACUCAAAAAAUCGCUAAACAAUAAAAAAUUUGUAACAUCCUUGAUGAAGCUCACUAAAAUACCAAAUGUAUCUUAUUGCAAACUAUUGAGGUGAAUAACCAAUAGAGUUUCCACAAUAUUUCAAUAUUUUUAAGGCAUACGGCUGUUUAAGAAUUGUUUUGAGAAUUUUAAAGAAAUAUCAAAUUUGGAUCUUCAGUUACUUUUACAAAUUAGUAUGGGUGGAUCAAAUGUAUAUUUAAAAAUUUUAAAACAUGUCAAAGAACUUUCGUGCGAAAAUGACUGUAAAUAACUGUUUUAGACCUAGGUGCAUAUGGACUAAACAUAAUCCACUGAAUGUUUCUGUAUGAACAUAAAUCUCGUGAAUCGAAAGUAGAUGUUAUUCUAAGAGCAAUGUAUAGAAUAUGUAUAGAUAGUCCAGGUAGACGUGCCGAUUUCCUGUAAGUUACUGGUUCUUCUCACUUUUAAUUGAAACUUGUUCUUUCCACUGGGUAGAAAAUAUCACUGUUUGCGAAAGUACUCUAAAAGUUUUUGACAACAUAAUGAAAUACAUAGAUUUCAAUAAAGACUUUUCCUGGCUCUAUCACAAGUGAUAACGUUAUAAAUGUUGUUAAUAUUCUUCAGCCAUUUUUUAAAUAAAUUCAGACAUCUGAACUAAUGGUGCCUGUCUUAUGUGGAAAUCUUUUCAUUUUUGUUAAACAAUUAAUAAAAACAUAGUUAAAAGAAAUAUAGUUGAAAAAACAUAUUCAACUCUUAUUUUUGACAGAACUUAAUGAUCCUAAAAAUCUCUGGCUGAGAAAAAAAAAAUGCCGAUAUUGGAAUAGUGACUAACACUGAACUUUAUUCCUAAUGAAAUUACUGAAACUGAAAAAAAAAAGACGAUUUUAGCAGAGUAUUUUAUAUUUGUGAAGUGAUAACGUAAAGUUUAUCUACACAUCAAGUUUAUGUAAAUAUUUCUGAAUGUAAUGUGAUGUAAAUAUUUGAACACAUAUCCAAAAAUUUUGAUGUUCAUAAAACUGCAUUUUAUUUAAACCCAUAUUUAUUGAAGAAUCUUAUUUUUUCCUCUUAUUAAAACUUAGGUGUAUUUUUAUUCCGUUAUAACUAACACAUGAGUGCUGUUUGCGCAUUUCCUCUUAUUUUGCAUAUAAGUAUAGGAAAAUGCAGGAAAAACACAGGGAUUUUUUCCCCAAAUUUAAGCGGCAACCCUGAUACAUGUAUGAGAUCUAUUUCUUUAACUAUUAUGUAUAAAAUUUAUUUGUUUCGAGUGGAUAUGAUUAAAUCUUAGCAGAUGAGUGCAGGUAAAUAACCGGCCAAGUGUUUUUCCUGCCACCGACUCUAAUCUGUGAAUGAGGAACGGCGCCAGGAAAGUAGUAUUAAUAAAAAGUUUCUUCACUUUUUUGUAAUAGUUUUUUUUUUAACUGUUGUGGCAAGUAUUCAAGUAUUAUUAAAUAAAUGUAUAAUGUAAUUGAUAUUUCUGUAUGUAAUUGAUAUUUCUGCAUGUAUUGAUAUUUCUGUAUGUAAUUGAUAUUUCUGUAUGUAAUUGAUAUUUCUGUAUGCAUUGAUAUUUCUGUAUGUAAUUGAUAUUUCUGCAUGUAUUGAUAUUUCUGUAUGUAAUUGAUAUUUCUGUAUGUAUUGAUAUUUCUGUAUGUAUUGAUAUUUCCGUAUGUAAUUGAUAUUUCUGCAUGUAUUGAUAUUUCUGUAUGUAAUUGAUAUUUCUGUAUGUAUUGAUAUUUCUGUAUGUAAUUGAUAUUUCUGCAUGUAUUGAUAUUUCUGUAUGUAAUUGAUAUUUCUGUAUGUAUUGAUAUUUCUGUAUGUAUUGAUAUUUCCGUAUGUAAUUGAUAUUUCUGCAUGUAUUGAUAUUUCUGUAUGUAAUUGAUAUUUCUAUAUGUAUUGAUAUUUCUGUAUGUAAUUGAUAUUUCUGUAUGCGCUUAUAAUUUAAAUGCGACUGUAUUAUUAAAUAAAUGUAUAAUGUAAUUGAUAUUUCUGUAUGUAAUUUAUUUAUGCACUUAUAAUUUAAAUGUGAUUGUAUUAUUAAAUAAAUGUAUAAUGUAACUGAUAUUUCUAUAUGCAAUUUAUUUAUGCGCUUAUAAUU